AUGAACAGCAAAAACUUAGGCUGGAGUGGCUCAGCCUUCCAUAAGCUAUUCUGGAUUGCUGCAAAUGCUUACAACAACUAUGUCUUCAACAAGGCUAUGAAGAAGAUUAUGGCUUUUGAUGCUGAUGCUGCAGGUUACUUAGACACCACCUCAGAGCAGUGGUCUAGGUACAUGUUUGACACAACAAUCUCCUGUGAUCAUAAUACCACAAACUUUGUUGAAAGUUUCAAUGCUUGCACAAAAGCUCACAGAGAUUUACCUGUACUGAAUCUACUUGAAGGUAUUCAUUAUGACUUUGUCCUUGAAACCAGGAGUGGAGAAUCAAGGUUAUGUCAUGCUACACCAUGUGGAGGAGGAGAGUUUGAAGUGACAGAUGACAAUGUCACAUUUCCAAUCAAUUUGGCAAGGCUCAGUUGUGGCUGUCGCAAGUGGCAAGGUUGUGGGAUCCCUUGCAAGCAUGCCUUGAGGGUCAUGUACAAUCAAAGGAUUGACCCUAUUGAGUAUGUUUCUGAUUAUUACAAGGGUGCAGCUUACAAGGCCACCUAUGGUAAGCACAUCCAUCCCAUGGCUGAUUCUUCUCAGUGGCCAUAUUACAAUCUACCUCACAUUAACCCUCCAAACAGGAAGAGAGGUGCUGGCAGACCUCCAAAGCAGAGGAAAAGAGGAGUCAUUGAAGCAAAGAAGGCCAAGAGACACAGCUCUGUUAAAUGCAGCAAGUGCAAGCAACUGGGCCACAAUGCAAGGACAUGUGGCAGAGGUGAUAAAGGUCAAAAGAGAGCUGCUGCCAGUGGGGCUAGUACUUCCAAGGCAUAG